AUGGAGACCAAAGGAUACACUGAAGAUUUCCAGGGCAAACGGGUCCUUGUCACUGGUGGUUCUAGAGGAAUUGGGCGCGGAAUAGCAGAGGCACUUCUCUCCUACGGCGCAGAAGUAACGAUAGUUGGCAAAAAUCCUUCAAACAUUGCUUCGUUCUCCGAUGCCCAUCCCACAGCGAAAAGUAUCUGUGUCGACCUGGCCGAUUGGGAAGCCACAACUGUAGCGCUGACCAAGUCCUGCUCAGAUAAGCACUUCCACUUCCUCGUCAACUCUGCUGGAGUCUUCACCCCGGAUUUUUUUAUGACCACGACUCCUGCCAAUUUUCAAACCACCUUUGCCACCAAUGUUGGCGCUAUCUUCUCCGUUUCACAGUUCGUGGCUAAGGGAAUGAUCGAGGCGGGAGGGGGCGGUGGGAUCGUUAAUAUUUCUUCAAUCGCGUCCUCCACCUUCUUCCCAUUUGUGUCAGUUUACGCGGCCUCUAAAGCGGCGGUGGAUCGGGUCACGAAGGCCAUGGCGGUGGAACUUGGUCCACAUGGGAUUCGUGCCAAUUCCAUAAAUUGCGGUACGGUUAACACUGACAUGGGGAGGAGUGAUGGGGAAUUCUAUGCCAAGAAUUGGGGCAAUGCUGGUCUACAGAGGAUGAUAAGUAGGACCCCACUUCCAGGUGUUUGUCCAGAGGGUAAUUUUAUGAUGGGGAUGGAUCAAGUGGUCGAAAGCGUACUUUUCCUACUUUCUCCAAGAACAGCGGGGGCCACGACGGGGCAACAGCUCUUUGUGGAUAAUGGAUACUCUGUGGGGUAA